AUGCGCUUCGUACAGGCUCUUCGACGUUCGAUCAAAGGUGACAAGGACAAAGGACCCGUCACUCCCAAAUCCGCUGUCGCUAUUGUCCCUCCAAAAAAGGUUGGUGGCCUCUCACUCCCAAGGCUUAAUAAUGCAUACCCAAAUUCGCUUGUCAUGUUGGGCGCCGCCAGGGUUAUUCGAGCUCUUUACGAUUACGAGGCACGUUCAAGCCAGGAACUGAGCUUUUCGAGAGGCGAUUUCUUCCACGUUAUUGGUCGCGAGAACGACCAAGAUUGGUACGAGGCAUGCAACCCAGCUCUACCUGACGCCCGAGGCCUAGUGCCCGUUACCUUUUUUCAAGCACUGGGUCGAACCGAGAGAGAUAGCGCGCAAUCCGAUGGUGGCCAGCCCCCUGCCCCAACCAAGAACCCCGACCACGAUUCCGGAUAUAGUGAAUCUCCUGCGAUACAACCUGCGCCAGCUGUUAUGUCACCUACCGCAAUGUCGCCUACCGCAAUGCCACAAGGCCACCAGCGUAAUUCGAAGUCAGUGGGCAAGACCGGCGCUAUGGUCUACGGAAUUGUCAUGUACGACUUCGCCGCGGAGAGGGCAGACGAGCUGGAGGCCAAAGCUGGAGAGGCAAUUAUAGUCAUUGCACAGUCGAAUCCUGAGUGGUUUGUGGCUAAGCCAAUCGGCCGGCUCGGUGGCCCCGGACUAAUUCCUGUCUCCUUUGUUGAGAUUCGAGAUAUGGCAAGCGACAAGGCGAUUACGAACCCAGGCGAUGCCAUCAAACGUGCCGGCGUCCCCAAGGUGGAGGAAUGGAAGAAGAUGGCCGCCGAAUACAAGAACAGCAGCAUCACCCUGGGCAAAUUCGAAGGUGGCCCUGGGCAACCUGGGCAGGGUAUUGAGCAAGGCAUGGAACGAAUGAGCGUCCAACAGCAUUCUCGGCAGCCUUCACAGAAUGGAGCGCAGCCUGGAUUUGCAAGUCAACCUCGGACGUCUCAGCAGCAACAACCACAGCAAAAUCACGUACAGAAACCCGCUGCACCCCUUCACGCACCAUUAGAAGCACGGAUACCACGAUACUGCUUUGCCGAGGACAAGUACUGGUUCGUCAUUGAAGCGAUGCUAGAAGAUGGGCGACAAUGGGAGCUAUCUCGCUACUACGAGGACUUUUACGAUUUCCAAAUCGCCCUCCUCACUGAAUUCCCAGCUGAGGCUGGUAACACAGGGACACAGAAGCGUACUUUACCCUACAUGCCUGGGCCAGUCAACUAUGUAACAGAUGCGAUCACCGAAGGGCGCCUCCAUAACUUGGACGCCUACGUGAAGAACAUGCUCAACCAGCCCCAGUAUAUCUCGAGGUGUAACUUGGUGAGACAGUUCUUUGCACCUCGUGAGGGAGAUUAUGAAAUCGAUCCGAACGACAACGAAGACGAGUACCGACUAUCACAAGCGUCACAACUUUCAUCCACAGAAUCUCCAGCCGGAGGAUCAAGAGAGACGUCACAAAACAAUCUGAAUGGCGGUUAUGGUCUUUCUGCAGCACCCGCUCACCAAAUGAGUCAUGGACCGCCCGAGGUUCAGAGACAAGCAUCAUCGCUGUCACAACCUUCACAAUCCUCGCUCGGCGCGGGCAUGCAACAACAGGCUCAGCCGGCGUCAGCGAUGAAGAUCAAGAUGUAUUUCAACGGAGAUCUCAUUGCCAUCCGAGUACCAACCGAUAUUUCAUUCCAAGCACUUUACGACAAGAUUUGUGAUCGACUCAAGGUUCCCGAUGAUGGCGAGAUUCAACUCUUCUAUAAGGACGAGCCCACAGGAGACAAGCCUAGUAUGAUAAGUGACAACGACCUGGACUUUGCUCUCCAACGCAACGAAAAGCUACUCCUGUACGUGGAGGCGGUAUGA